AUGUAUACUCUACUUCACGGUUUUUAUAAAUAUAUUGUUCAAAAAGACGAGUAUUGUGUGUUAAUCUUAGGUCUUGACAAUGCGGGUAAAACGACUUAUUUGGAGGCUACUAAAACGAAAUUUACCAAAAAGUAUAAAGCAAUGAAUCCCAGUAGAAUUACUACCACAGUAGGACUAAAUAUAGGAAAAAUAGAUGUAGAUGGAGUUAGACUUAAUUUUUGGGACCUUGGUGGCCAACAAGAACUGCAAUCAUUAUGGGACAAAUAUUAUGCCGAAUGUCAUGGUGUUAUUUAUAUUGUUGACUCAUCAGACAGAGAAAGAAUAUCAGAGUCUAAAGAAACAUUUGAUAGAAUGAUAGCUUCUGAACAUCUGUCAGGAGUUCCCCUCUUGGUGCUAGCUAAUAAGCAAGACAUUCCAGACUGUAUGGGUGUGCAUACAGUAAAGCCGAUAUUCAAUCAAAAUGCCCAUUUAAUUGGUGCUAGAGACAUUAUGUUAAUGGCAACAUCUGCAUUAACAGGUGAUGGAGUAGAUGAAGGAAUAAGGUGGCUAGUGGAUUGUAUAAAACGAAACAGUGUAGAAAGACCGGCUCGGAAUCAUGACGACAAUUUA